AUGGAGAGCAAAGAAGCCCCUGGGAAAGAAAGCAUGGGAGCCAAGAGGAAGAAUUUGACCUUCUUGAAACACCGGCUGUACAUGCUGGAGAGACGAAAGACAGACACUAUUGUGGAGAGCAGCGUUCCUGUGGACCAUAGUAGCUCUGGCACUUUGAGGAGGAGCCAAUCCGACAGGACAGAAUACAGCCAGAAAUUACAAGAAAAGAUGGCACCACCACAGGCUGGGCCUUCAUCAUCCAUAACUGCACCACAAGAAAGUGAAGAGCAGCUGAACACAAGGAUGAUGGCCAAGAGAGUGAAAAUCAUUGCUGAAUUAAUGCAGACAGAAAAAGACUAUCUCAAUGACCUGGAGCUGUCCAUCAGAGAAGUGGUUCAACCACUGAGAAACAAAGAGAUUGGUAGGUUUGACGUGGAUGGCUUGUUUAGCAACAUUGAAUCAGUCCAUCAAAUAUCAGCCAAACUGCUGUCUUUGUUGGAAGAAGCCACAGCAGACGUGCAACCAACCAUGCAAGUAAUUGGGGAAGUGUUCUUGCAGAUUAAAGGCCCACUAGAAGACACAUAUAAAAUAUAUUGCUAUCACCACGACGAGGCACACACCAUGCUGGAAUCCUAUGAAAAGGAUGAAGAACUGAAGCAGCAUUUAAGACACUGUGUACAGUCCUUAAAAAAAAUAUACAAGGAACAAGGAAAACCAAAUUUGAUGGACAUGGGAUCCCUGAUGAUCAAACCUAUACAGCGUGUGAUGAAAUAUCCCUUGUUACUCUGUGAGCUCUUGAAUUCAACUCCUGCUUCCCACCCAGAUCACAAGGCUCUGCAAGGUGCCCUUGCUGCUGUGAAAGACAUUAAUGUGAACAUCAAUGAACUAAAAAGGAGGAAAGAUUUAGUGCUGAAGUAUAAGAAGAAUGAUGAAGAUGAAUCUCUUAAAGAGAAGUUUUCCAGGCUGAAUAUUCACUCCAUCAGCAAGAAAUCCAAAAGGGUUACUAGCCAUCUGAAACUUUUGACAAGAGGAGAACGUCAGGUGAGAGACCAAACUUUUAAUAAGGAGGAAAAGCUAUUUAGAUGUUUAGAAAAAACCGUGAAAUUUUGUGUGAAGAAUAUUUCACUUUCUCUACAACAUCUACAAGAUUCCAUGCUUCUAGCUGCACAGAGUAUAAGUGAACUUCAAGAUAUUUUACAUGACAAAAGUGAUGAAGAAAAUGGCUAUUCAGAAAGGCUGAGUAACACUGGAAACCCUUGUAAAAGCUUUGUGGAUCAACUGGACAAACUGGUUUUGAGCCCUCUCUCAGGUCUACAGACCUUAUUUCCAGGCCCACAGAAGCUGAUCCAAAAGCGUUAUGACAAGUUGCUGGAUUACAACAGCUCUCUUCAAAGGUCAGCAGGAGAAGAGCUGGAUCUGGCAAAGAAGGAGUAUGAAGCUCUCAAUGCACAGCUUGUGGAAGAGCUUCAGGUGUUUAACCAGGCAGCCAAGCAGAUUGUGGUGAACUGCCUGCAUUGCUUCAUCACUCUCCUCAGGCAAACGACGUGCACAGCUCUACAGUUGUAUUCUGCUGUGGUGGUGCUUGUUCCACUGUCUUCCUCUAGUAUCUUUGAAGUACAGAGUCAGGUGAUGGAAGAAGUUCACAAGCUGAAUUUUGUAAAAGAUACCACCACCACCACCUUCAUUGAGAGAAAACUCAGCUUUGAAAAGAAGAAACCUGGCUCUUCUCUGCCUGAAUCUCCACGCCAAACAGAAAGCCACAGGUCUAAACUAUUAUCUACAUAUGGUGCAGAAUCACUUUACCAAGCUAAGCGCAAAUGCAAUGCCACACAGGAAUUUGAUAUUGAUUUAUAUGAGGGGGAACUGGUGGCUGUUGUGGAGCAAAAGGACCCCUUUGGAAGUACGAGCAGGUGGCUUGUUGAUACAGGAAUUCUUAAAGGAUAUGUGUAUUCCUCCUUCCUGAAGCUCUACAAUCCAGCCAAGGUGCAGAAGGAUGUUGCAGAGAACAGUUUCUGCGAUGAUGAUUUUGAUAACAUCAGCCUUUUUGUUUCUUCACGGCUUCCCAACGACAGCAGCACAAGAAACCCAGGACAUAAGAGGAGUGACAACAGCUCGUCUUCUCACAGCCAAUCUGAAAAGCCUACCAUUAAUGGGACAGGGACAGAUAGUUUUCAUGAUAUGGAUGAUCAACAUACUUUCUAUGCUGUGUAUGCAUUUCAAGCAAGAAGUGAUCAGGAACUGAGUCUUCAAGAGUACCAGCGGGUUCGGAUACUGCAGUUUUCUGACUUGAGUGGCAAUAAAGAAUGGUGGUUAGCAGAAGCCAAAGGACAGAAAGGCUAUGUACCAGCUAAUUAUCUUGGCAAGAUGACAUAUGCUUAG